UUGUAAGGUAGGCGUAGAAGAAACAGACAAAGUGCAUCUCUUUGGUGGCACAGGCAUCUCGAGGCAUCUGUGUGGAGCAUCUCGCAACGGUCUCUUGGGCUCUUGAACGAGUGCUUAGAUAAGCUGGGUGGGGUCUUCAAAAACCAUACAUAAUACUCCAUAUCCGUACUUCAUCUUGCCCAUCCCACCCAAGAAAGGAUGAACGGAGAGACUGAUACCAUAGAAAACGUAUCCCAGGCUCACGUCUUGAUUCCGUCCGUCUCUCCGUUGAAAAGAGGAAUGUGCGUGCAGUGUGUGCUGCAAAGAUGCAAGUCCAAGGCGACACAGGGCAGAGCAGGGCAGAAAGCGGGUUCCGUUGAAUCAUUCCAUUUGCUGCGCGCUCCCGAUGCGUCCCUCCCGCGGUCCAGUGUCGUGGCUGCAAAGAUCAGGGGUAUCCGAUCAGGAUUAGCGCGGGUCCACGACAACGGGGUAGCACCGCAUCGUGGCCCGUGGGAGAGGAGAGAGAGCAGACAAGGCAGGCGCAAGGGACUCGCAGGGCAAGGACCAAGACUUUCUCGACCUUCCCGUGCUUCCUGCCAUACGUAUAGGUAUCCCAAGUCCAUCGAGAUACAAUCCUGGGCUUUCAGCGUGUUGACUCGUUUUUUUCUACAGCCAGAGAGUAGGUACAUUACGCUUUUAUAUACUAAUUAAGGGAGAUAUCUUCAGUCUUGUUUCCUCAUAUUUUCACACCACCCCCUCGUAACCCAUCAUACCUAUGCUCGGGCACAGUGACACAGUUACGCUGCUUCAUACAGCAAGACGGUUACACUUCUUCUUCUUCUUCUUCUUCCCCUUCAUCUAUUGCUGUCCAUGUCGUGUCAACUUGUGACGGACGAAUAGGAGGUCCUCCUAUCCGCAGAGGCCUUCUCUGCAUCUGU